GUGCUGCUGGCCCUGCCUGAUCGCCAGAGAGGGGAGUCGAGAGCUCUGCUGAGAACUACAUGGUGCUCAAUUUUUCAAGAUGUCGUCGCUGGAACAGAGGCUGUCGCGAAUCGAGGAGAAACUAAAGCAGGAAAAUGAAGAAUCUCGCCGGAGAAUCGACCUCAACAUCGACAUGAGUCCACAGCGAUCUCGUCCGAGGCCGAUCAUCGUGAUCCAGCUCAGUCCUGCUCCAGCCCCCUCCCAACGUGCAGCGCUCCAGCUGCCACUGGCCAACGAUGGAGGCAGCCGUUCAUCAUCUUCAGAGAGUUCGCCUCAGCACCACCCCUACCCCAGCCGCCCGCGACAUAUGCUGACCCUGCCCACACCUCCGUAUGGCCUACAGAAGAGCCUAGAGAAUGCUGAGAUUGACCAGAAAUUGCAGGAGAUCAUGAAACAGACGGGUUAUCUGAAGAUCGACGGUCAGCGGUAUCCAGCCGAGGUGACGGACCUGAUCAGUGAGGGGGAGAUUGGCAGCGGGACCUGUGGACAGGUCUUCAAAGUACGAUUCAAGAAGACCGACCAUGUCAUCGCUGUCAAACAAAUGCGUCGUACAGGAAACAAGGAUGAGAACAAGAGGAUCCUGAUGGACCUGGAUGUGGUGCUGAAGAGUCAUGACUGCCCUUACAUCAUCCAGUGCUAUGGCGCCAUAGUAACCAACACGGAUGUAUUCAUUGCCAUGGAGCUGAUGGGAACGUGUGCUGAGAAGCUGAAGAAGAGAAUCCAGGGCCCCAUUCCAGAGCGAAUCCUCGGAAAGAUGACUGUGGCGAUAGUGAAGGCGUUGCUGUACCUGAAAGAGAAACAUGGCGUCAUCCACCGGGACGUCAAACCCUCCAACAUCCUCCUGGACGAUAAAGGUCAGAUCAAACUGUGUGACUUCGGCAUCAGCGGACGCCUCGUCGACUCCAAGGCCAAGACCCGCAGUGCCGGCUGUGCUGCCUACAUGGCGCCUGAGAGAAUAGACCCUCCAGAUCCCACCAAACCUGACUAUGACAUCCGAGCAGAUGUGUGGAGCCUUGGCAUCUCUCUGGUGGAGCUGGCCACAGGACAGUUUCCGUACAAGAACUGCAAGACAGACUUUGAAGUUCUGACCAAAGUGCUGCAGGAAGAUCCUCCUCUGCUUCCCCUCGGCAUGGGCUUCUCCCUUGACUUCCAGUCCUUCGUCAAAGACUGCCUCACAAAGGAUCACAGAAAAAGGCCAAAAUACCACCAGCUGCUGGAGCAUAGUUUCAUCCGGCGUUACGAGGUGCUUGAGGUGGACGUGGCCGGCUGGUUCCAGGCGGUGAUGGAUCGCACCGAGUCGCCUCGCAGCAGCCAGUGUUACAGCCAUCAGCACCAGCUCCACUCGCUCUUCAAUUGUUGUGCAGAGAGAAGAAUAUUGGGUGUUUUCCUUAUUUUCUUUUAAGUCACAGCAGUUCUUUUAUCAAUCAUAGAUAUGUGACACAGAGCAAGAAGAUUAUUCAACAGUGUAUUUUUUUCACUGAUAUUUAUUUAUUGGUCAUUUGUAUGUUUUUUUUGAAAGGGGGGGUGUUUUUUUGUUGUUUUUAUUGUGUAUUGCUUUUUUUGUGGGGGCAAACAGGACUCAAGUUAGAGGAGUAGUCUCUCAUUGGCAUUUUACUAUUAUAUACAAAAAGCAGAAUAUCGUAUUCAACCAUCACACUAACGUGCAGUCUAUAAAGUAACAGGUUAAAAAUCUGACAUCCAUUGUUUUCUUUACUGUUUACCCUGUCAGAAGGCUCCAACAAACUAUCUGCUCAUGGUUUAAAGCUGAGUAGCCACCGCAUGGUGUAUUUGAACUCUAGUGCUAUGCUAUGAACACAGUUAAAGCUUGUAUUUUUUGAAACUUGGAUGGUUUUAGGUAUUUCAGUUGAUGAUAGCUACUAUGAUCGUGGACUGAUUGGCUUGUUAUUAACCUGCACUCCCUGUUCGCGAGGUGGGACACGCCUGCUUUGAGAUAUCAUUGAGGUUUGUUGCUUGGUUUUUCUAAAUGCAGUUCCAAGUCUAGUUUGCAUGACUUUGCUAGUUUGCAGGGUGGGGGGAGGAUUGACUUCAGUCACCGCUGUUGCAGUUCAAAUGCUUCUUGUAUGUACGACACCAUGGAUUUAUUGUCUUGACAGUUGUAUCAAUCGACACAGCUUUACUGCCUGUUUCUAUUUCUUUCUCUUUUUUAUUUUUUGGUUUGUUUAAUUUUGUAUUGUUUUUUUUUGGUUGUAUUUUCCCCCUCCCCCCCUGAGUCUCAUUUCAAACAGAAUAAAUGCCAUUAUAUUGUGAAUACCUCAGGAUUUUUUUGGAGAAAAAAAAUAAUAAAACACUUAAAAAUCAAAUAAAUAAAUAAAACUCAUAAAAAGGUG